AUGAAGACGAUUGCGCUUCUCUCUGGUGGCAAGGACAGCAUUCUUGCGAUGCUGAUGGCGUACCGCUACGGCCACGAAGCGGCCGUUGUUGUGAACAUGGUGCCCGUGUUGGAGAGCGAGGGAGCAUCCCGAGGGGCGGCUGAGAAUGGUGUGCACGGGCACGACAUCGACUCAUAUAUGUACCAAACAGUGGGCUUUGAAGCUGUGGAGGCGAUUGCCGCCUGUCUUGGGAUUCCGCUUCGCCGAGGGUAUGUGAAGCGCGGCCGUGCCAAGGACCAGUCGCUGCUGUACUCGGAGAAGCCGUCCGAAGAGGAUGAAGUAGAAUCGUUGUACAGACUCAUCAAGAUGGUGAAGGAGGAGUUUCCAGUUGUGCAGGGGCUCACUAGCGGUGCUAUUCUCUCCAACUAUCAGCGCAAUCGUGUGGAGUUCAUUUGCGACCGCCUCGGAUUAGAAUCCCUCGCGUAUCUGUGGAUGCGCCAGCCCGGUGAAAUACUAGACAUGGCCCACGCAUUGCAUGUGCAGGCCAUCCUGGUGAAGACGGCGUCCAUUGGCUUGAUGCCGCGCCAGCUCAUUGGCAAGACGCUUGAGGAGGCUCGCCCUACGCUGGAGAAGAUGGCGGAGCUCUAUCAGUCUCACCUCGCUGGUGAAGGCGGUGAGUACGAGACAACCGUGUUGAACUGCCCUCUCUUUUACAAGGAGCAGGUGGCAGUGACAUCACUGGAGGUGGUGAUGCAGGACACCAACGACAUUUCCCCAUCGGGUCACGGGGUGCUCACUGUCGCACGGGUGCCGAAGUCAGCUGAGGAGCAGGCACAGUCUGUAGAGACUCUGGCGCAUCUACGGGCCGGCUACUUCGCAUUUCCCUCAGAUGUGAUGCCGCUGCUGCGUAGUCUUUCCGCCUCUCCACGUGCGCUGAACGCGACAGCAUCCAUGUGCAGCUCUGGAGAGAUCACCGCCGCGACACUACCGGCCACCAUCCGCCGCGCGUUGUUCCUGGGCACUGGUAUUGCCGCUGCGAGGGACGGUAUUGCGCAUCACACACACGCAGCCCCUCACGAAGCUGGCGUGUCGGCUGCGGAGGCCCUGGAGGCGUGCCUUACGGCGCUUGAGACGUGGGCAGCGGAGCGCGGACACACUCCCUUCUACUAUCAUUUCUCGCUUCCUGAGCCCUCCUGGGAGGUGGUGUGUCGUGCUGCGUACGCCGCUAAGGUGUCCCAUGUGUGUCCACCUGGACUGCUUGUCACAGUACGUUCCACAUACUCCCGAGCCACUGCCGUACUUGAAGCGGAAGUGCUCGCAGCGCCAACGGAAACGAUCCAGCAGCAGGUUUUACACGCGCAGAGCCGCAGCUGCUGGGCACUUGGCGAGCCGGGGCCGUACUCACAAGCUCGUCGGGUGUGUCUCGCCACCGGGGCCUCGCGGUUGUUCGUGAGCGCCACGCCUGGGCGUAUUGCAGCGACGAGGGAGGUGGCUACCGUUGCUGAUCUUCCCGCUGCCUGCCAUCAACACGUUGCAGCCUUCGUGUCGACGCAGCACGUGGAGGACAGGACAGCACUACCCGACACAGUUGCGCAAUUCCUCGUUGCCAUGGCACACUGCGAGCGGUACCUCUCUCUCUUCGGGAGCAUGUUCGGUGACGUUUGCCGUGCCACCAUUAUCGUUACUGAGGACGUGCCCGUGGCGCUGUUGCCAGCACUCUGGCAGUGGUCGACACAGCAUACAGGCACGCUACCGUUUGAGCGUGUUGUGCAGGUGGUGGUGGUCGGCUGCUUGAGCGGCACAGAAAAGAUUCGCGUGUCGAUGGAGUGUGUAGAGGUGAGGGAGGCAGUGGAGGAGAGCCCCUAG